GAUUGUGGAAAAGGGUUACUACAGUGAACGAGAUGCUGCUGACGCUGUUAAACAAAUCCUGGAGGCAGUUGCUUACCUGCAUGCGAAUGGGAUUGUCCAUCGUGACUUGAAGCCAGAAAAUCUACUCUAUGCAACGCCAGCACCAGAUGCACCACUAAAAAUCGCUGACUUUGGACUUUCCAAGAUUGUGGAAGAUCAAGUGACCAUGAAGACAGUUUGUGGAACUCCAGGGUACUGUGCACCAGAGAUACUACGGGGAUGUGCCUAUGGGCCUGAAGUGGACAUGUGGUCUCUGGGGAUUAUCACCUACAUCCUACUUUGUGGCUUUGAACCAUUUUAUGAUGAAAGGGGAGAUCAAUACAUGUUUAAGAGAAUCCUAAACUGUGAAUAUGACUUUGUGUCCCCCUGGUGGGAUGACGUAUCUCUGAAUGCCAAGGAUUUAGUAA